CCACUAUUGUCAGUGGUAACGGGAGCAUAUAUAUUUGGAAGGAAGUGUUUGACAGUGAUCGAAAAUUUCAACCAACGCUGUUUCUCCAAGAGAAUUUUCUUCUCUUUGUUUUAUAGUGAUUAUAACGAUUGUGAAUCACGGUUCUUCGCCGUGGUUUCCGUUUUCUCGAUCUUGCGCGCGCUUUGCUCGCCCGUAGCUCUUCCUUCCCAUCCAUCCAUCCAUCCACCAUCCCUCCCUCCUUCCCUUCCUCCCACCCUUCCUCUCUUAUUCUUUCUCUCUCACUCUCUCCCUCUUCUUUCGCGUGUUAUCCUAUCUCACUCUCUUUCUCUCCCUCCAUCCAUCGAUCGAGCGCGGCCGUGGCGUAAUAUAGAAGAACCGAACCGUGCGGACGUGCAUGCGUGCGUGCGAUGUAAUUAUCGUUCGUGCUGUCAUUGAUGUCCGAGGUGGUGUCAACGACGAUAACAACAACGACGACGACGGCGACGACGAAGACGCACUGCUGGCUAUCUUCACGUGAGGAAGUGGCACGGCCAGCCGAGGCGGCGACCAGCAGAGGAAGAAGCAGAAGCGGCAUAUCAUUCUAAAGUUUUGACUGUCAGGUGGCGGUGGAGAAGCGGGUCAAGAAGAUUUCAGAAUGAGCAGCCGACCGAGGACCACCUCCUUUGCCGAUUGCACUAACGCGCCCUCGAAUCCGCCCCUGGGUGGCAUGAGAGUCAGCAGUCAUCCGGCUGGUGGUGUAACAUUAAAAAAAGGCGGUGUGAUGUAUAAUGCAGAUAGAGAUGGCAACAAAGUUACAACCGUGGUGGCUACACCUGGUGCUGGUCCAGAUCGUCCCCAAGAGAUCUCCUAUACAGACACUAAAGUAAUCGGUAACGGCAGCUUCGGCGUUGUAUAUCUAGCGAAAUUAUGCGACACGGAAGAACUGGUCGCCAUCAAGAAAGUUCUUCAAGACAAACGAUUUAAGAACAGAGAAUUGCAAAUCAUGCGGCGCCUCGAGCAUUGUAACAUCGUGAAACUGAAAUAUUUCUUCUAUUCUAGUGGUGAUAAGAACAUCUUAAACGCAACUAAUCCAGUUUUUCAUGUGGACAAGGACGAGGUUUAUUUGAACCUAGUGCUGGAAUACAUACCUGAAACUGUGUAUAAAGUUGCUCGGCAUUAUAACAAGAGCAAGCAGACCAUACCGAUUAAUUUCAUUAAGCUGUAUAUGUAUCAAUUAUUCCGUUCUCUGGCGUAUAUCCACUCGCUGGGAAUCUGCCACAGGGAUAUCAAACCGCAAAAUCUUCUUCUGGACCCGGAAUCCGGCGUUCUUAAGCUCUGUGAUUUUGGUUCCGCCAAACAUCUGGUCAAAGGGGAGCCCAAUGUGUCUUACAUCUGUAGUCGUUACUAUCGCGCGCCCGAAUUGAUCUUUGGUGCUAUUGAUUAUACUACAAAAAUCGAUGUUUGGAGCGCAGGUUGCGUAGUGGCAGAAUUAUUGCUCGGCCAACCGAUAUUCCCAGGGGACAGUGGAGUGGAUCAAUUGGUCGAGAUCAUCAAGGUGCUCGGCACCCCGACACGUGACCAGAUACGUGAGAUGAACCCCAAUUACACCGAGUUCAAAUUCCCACAAAUUAAGGCGCAUCCAUGGCAAAAGGUGUUCAGGGCACGCACGCCACCCGAAGCGAUGGAAUUAGUCGCUGGUCUCCUAGAGUAUACGCCAUCCGGCCGAAUCACACCGUUAGAAGCAUGCGCCCAUCCUUUCUUCGAUGAACUUCGGGAGCAGGGUACGCGAUUACCAAAUGGCCGAGAACUUCCUCCUUUAUUUAACUUUACAGAAUACGAGCUGCGGAUUCAGCCAUCUUUAAACUCGAUCCUAAAGCCGAAGUACAUGCAGACUUCGGAGAAUGCUGGAGGCCAGUCAGAACCUGUCGCGGGUAGCAGUGGUAACGUUAGUGAUAAUAACGUGAACGCCACGUUAUCCACCUCAAAGAACACAGACCCCGGCCAAUCGAACAUGGCUUAAGCUACUUUUUAUUUCUAACGUUUAAUUAAACAACAAAACGAGAAAGACACAAAGAGAAAGAAAGAGACGGAAAAACCGAAAGAAUUCACGUGUUAGAAACUAGCCUUAACAGAAAACGAAAAAAAAAAAAAAAAAAAAAAAAAAAAAAAAAGAAAAAAGUUCAAGUAGAUCAAGAUAGAAGAACGAAUGAAUGAAAGGAAUAUUGAUGAUAUUCUUUUGAGGAGGAUGUCCAUAAGCAACAUAACAUACACGAUACAUACACACAGUCCCUUAAUUGUAAAUUUUUUCAACUUUAUGCGAAUGGCGAUACCGUCUGGUAUUUUGAGCUUUGUUUGCUUGAAACACGAAUGACGAAAAUAUCAUUAUAGAAUUAUUAAAAUAUAGUUCCCCUGUUUGUAACGGGUUCGCCUGGGGAUACCCCCAAAUUUCGAGUGGCGUGUGCGAGUGCUUGAUUGCCACGUUAUUGCCAAAAAAUAACAACAAAAUAUUGAAUUUAAUGUAUAUAUAUUAUAGGAACUGGCCCGUAAUCACUAACUUUAAACGAUAAUUGCUAUAAACAAUGAAAGAAAGAGACAAAACGAC